AUGGAAUAUCAGAGGUUCUACUUGAGAUUCAACGGGAGCAUUGCACCUGACUCUUGUCCACAGAAGAAGGAGAAGGAGAAGGAGAAGGAGAAGGAGAAGGAGAAGGAGAAGGAGAAGGAGAAGAAGAAGAAGAAGAAGCAGAAGCAGAAGCAGAAGCAGAAGAAAGAGUCGACGUUCUGA